AUGAAAAUGAGAAAUGACACAAUGGUGGCUGAGUUCAUCCUGCUGGGAAUCCCUGAGACAGAGGGCCUGGAGAUGGCCCUCUUCUUCCUGUUCUCCUCCUUAUACUUAUGCAUCCUCUUGGGGAACAUGCUCAUCCUUGCAGCGAUCAUCUCCUCCUCUCGGCUUCACACUCCCAUGUACUUUUUCUUAGGAAACCUCUCCAUCUUUGACCUGGGUUUCUCUUCCACAACUGCCCCCAAGAUGCUGCUCUACCUCUCAGGGAACAGCCGAGCCAUCUCCUAUGCAGGCUGCAUGUCCCAGCUCUUCUUCUACCAUUUCCUGGGCUGCACCGAGUGUUUCCUGUACACGGUGAUGGCCUGUGACCGCUUUGUUGCCAUAUGUUUUCCUUUGAGAUACGCUGUCGUCAUGAACCACAGGGUGUGCUCUAUCUUGGCCACAGGGACCUGGAUGGGGGGCUGUGUCCACGCCGUCAUCCUAACCUCCCUCACCUUCCAGUUACCCUACUGCGGCUCCAACAAGGUGGGCUAUUACUUCUGUGAUAUGCCUGCGGUGUUACCUCUGGCCUGUGAGGACACAUCUCUAGCCCAGAGAGUAAGUUUUGUGAAUGUUGGUCUUUUGUCCCUCAUUUGCUUUUUUCUCAUCCUUGUUUCCUACGCUUGCAUUGGAAUCUCCAUAGCAAAACUCCGCUCAGCAGAGGGCAGGCAGCGGGCAUGCUCCACCUGCAGCGCCCACCUCACUGCGAUUCUUUGUACUUAUGGGCCCGUGAUCAUCAUCUACCUGCAACCCAACCCCCGUCCCCUCCUCGGUGCUGUUAUUCAGAUAUCGAAUAAUCUUGUAACCCCCACAUUGAACCCUCUGAUCUACAGCCUGAGGAAUAAGGAUGUAAAAUCAGCCCUGAGGAAUGUAUUUCUCAAGAGAGGCUGCAAUCCGGAGAAUAAAUGA